AUGGGUCUCUUUUCGUGGAAGCCCAUUCUGGGUAAAAACAUGCUAAUCCAAUUAUUGAUUGUUACGCUCAUAUUUAUGCUAACGUUGUUCGGGCUUUUCGCCAAUCGUUACUCUUGGCGUGGUCGAAAACGUUUCGUCUUUUCAAAGAAAUAUUUGGCAUAUGCUAUGCUAGUAACAAUCCUAUUUACAAGUGUAUAUAUUCGUCAGAUGUACCUGGACUAUACAAAUGCACAACUCAAUUUACGCGACGCCGUCAAAUUAUACAGCUAUAUGAAUACGACAGUAGCUAUUCUCAAUUUUUUCACUCAAAUGCUAUUGAGCAAGAAGGUGGCGCGAAUGAUGAGCAACGUCCCCCUUUUUGAAACGUUAAAUGAACUUCAUGUUGAAAUCAACACAAUAAAAAAAUCUGUGAUCUUGGCACUGAUUAAAGUCAUUGGAUUCCCGCUUGUUAUGGAGAUGGCUUUGGUGCUGCAGCAAAAACGUAAUGAACCUCAGCUUUAUUGGACCUGGUCGCUCUAUAAAUUGUUUCCAAUGAUAAUUGCAAAUUUUUUAAACAAUUGCUACUUUGGUGCAAUGAUCAUAGCGAAGAACAUUAUGGAAACCUUAAAUGAGAGACUAAAAUUGCUAGUACAACGGGUGAAUUUCAUGCAGCAGGAGAUCCAUAAAAAUCUAUACACGAAAUAUUACCGCAUUCAGCGCUAUUGCACAUUAGCGGACGAGCUUGACGUGCUUGCCGUGAAAUACAAAAUUAUAUGCAUUCAAACUACGAAGUACAUGGCUUUGAUGUCACUCUCAAUAGUCCUUUCGCUGAUUUGCCAUCUGCUAGGCAUCACUGUUGGAUUUUAUAAUCAGUAUUACGCUAUUGCUGAGUCUUUUAUUGGAGGCAAACGGUACGAUGCGUUCGGUGCACUGAUCAAUUUAGUGUUCUUGGCCAUAUCUAUCUCUGAAGUAGCCUUGCUGACGUACGUGAGUAAUGACAUUUUGAUCGCAACUCGAACGACAGGAAUCAUUUUGCAAGAGAUAAAAUUACAACAAGCCGAUUGGCGCUUUCGACAAUGCGUACACGCAUUCUCACUGCAAGUUGACACGAUAAAUUACAAAGUAAAGCCAAUGGGACUUUUUGAAAUUAACAUUUCGCUUAUAACUAGCGUAAUUUCUACAGUAGCUAGUUUUUCGCUCAUACUUGUGCAAUCAGAUCUGUCCCAGCGCUUUAAGCAAUCAUAGGAAGUUUUAUUUAUUAUGUGCGUACAUGUUACCUGACUAAACUGCAUCAAG